UGUUAAUAGUAGUGUUAAUAAUGGUUCUAGUGUUAAUAAUAGUUCUAGCGUUAAUAAUAGUUCUAGUGUUAAUAAUAGUUCUAGUGUUAACAAUAUUUCUAGUAUUAGUAAUGGUUCUAGUAUUAAUAAUGGUUCUAGUGUUAACAGCGCCAAUAGCGGAUCCAAUGUCAGUAAUGGAUCCAAUGUCAGUAAUGGAUCCAAUGUCAGUAAUAGUUCUAAUGUUAAUAAUGGAUCUAGCGCUAAUGACGUAUCUAGCACUAAUAGCGAAUCUAGUACUAAUAGAGGAUAUGGUAAUAAAAGCACAUUUGGUGUUAAUACUGGACUUAAUGCUAAUAGAGGACUUAAUGCUAACGUGAAUGAUACAUCGUUAACUCGAGGUUCUUUAACUCAAAAUGAGCAAGAAUCGUUAAAAAUAUCAACCUCGAAUAUGGCUACUGACAUGAAGUCUGUAUCAUCUGGAGCGUCAACACCAACAGCAUCUACACCAGUGGCAACAUCACCAACAAAAUUGGCUAAGCGGAGAAGUAAACCUAUUCCAAGACCGUUAUCGAUCACAACCCCGGUAUCUCCUAGAUCAGUAUCUCCAAUGUCAGUUCCUCAAACCAUUCCCGAAACAAUGCCAGUGAUAUUAACUGAUACUAAGUUUACAUUUCCGACUUCACCUGUCCGAUCUACUAAAAUAACAACCAAUAAUGACGAAUCAAAAAUUUCAUCUUCCGCAUCAUCGUUCAAGUUGUCCGUUCGUGAAUCAGCAUCAAGCAAAGAAGCCGUUUCACCAAUGUCAUUACUUUUUGUUGAUGGUUUGCCACAAAUACAACCAACUUCACCCUUACACAUAACAAUGCCUGAACCAUUGUUUACAAAGCAUGACAAUUACUCGUCCUCUACGAUCUCGCAAACCACAUAUUCCACUUCAACUCAAUCGAAACGAGAAUCUAUAAUAUCAUCUGGAAGAGAAUCAACAACUUUUAAAAAAACGAAUCAGCAAGAAUUUACCCGAUAUCCUGAGACUUCAUCGCAAUCCUCCAGUUCACUUGCUCAUAUCUAUCAAUCACAACCAACAUUAACGGAUGUUUCUGACUUGUCAUUUACAUUUGAAUCAACGAUUUAUCAAUCAUUAAAGUCAAACAGUACCCAACGUCGCGAUUCUGUUCAAAGGGUUUUAACACCAAUACCACAAACCCGACCUAAAAGCCCUGAAACUCUUUCGAUUAAAAGUUCUGAAACGGUCACAACCAAGGGACAAAGCUAUUUACCAGAAAUCAAGAAAACUUCACCAAUGUGGGGUCCUUUACCUGAUAAUGCUUCUCCACCAUCACCGAUUCACUCUAUCACCAUUAGUGACUCAUUGUAUUCGGUCCCAAAAUCAUCGAUUACGGAAACUCGAUCGAUAACUUCGGCAUAUUCGACCAGAAGCACAUUACCUGAAGUAAUAUCAGAAGUCAAACCAACAUCCCCAACAUGGCGCUCAAACCACGAUUCCUCUUACUCAUUUAAUAGCUACACUUCAUCUCCUCCUGAACAACUCAACGUGGAAAUUUGGCAAACUAUGGUAAAAACAACUGAAUAUGAAGAUGAACAAACCACACCGACUCAAAAAAAUCCUCCGGUAACAUCAAAAGUUUUUGGAUAUUUGUCUUCUACGGGUAAAGAUGAUGACUUGUUACCAAAAGCUGCACCCAUAUCACCUAUAACAUUUGAUUUACCAGAACUUGGAUUAUUAGAACCAUUACCAAAAGUUCACCAAUCAUCGACGCAUAAAGAAUUUACAUCAACAGCACCAUUGAAACGUGAAUUACCCAAUCCAAUGUCAAAUACGUAUACCUCAGCAAAUUUAACCACAAACAUUUCUUCGUCAGGAGGUGAUAAAAACAGUUGGGGUUUUUGGAGCGAUUCACCUCCAGAGUCACCUGAUAAAUUUAAGUUAGAUUUGGAUCGAUUUAAUUCAUAUUUAAGUAAAAAAGACCCUGAUGGUGACCAUGGUGCUACAGGAAUGAAAAAAGGAAAAGGAAGAAAGUAUAGUACAUUCUUGGAUAAGACAAACCUUGAUCAAUUAGAUAUACAUAAAGUUAAAAUUGGAACAAAAGUUGAUAAACAUAAAUCUUUACCAUUAACACAAGAUGAUUCCAUUUAUAAGAAUGAAGAACAUGAAACUCGUAUGGAAAGUGAUAAGAUGGAUCAAAGUGAUGAUUAUAUAAAUUCUGAAGAUAGUAAUCCACCAGUAUUUCAAAGAAAACAAACACGUUCAUCUAGAAAACCGAUGCCAAAUUUUUAUCCUUCAAAAUCAAAAAAAUCCAAAUUAACAGAUGAACAACCACAUGCAAUGACCAUAAAACUUCGAAAAUCUGGAAAUUUUCAAACAUAUCCAUUAUCAGAUGGUUCAAGAAUUGGUACUAAGCGACAAAAAUGUAAACCUAUACAAAUUUUAAAAUUUCCUUAUAGUACCAUUAGACCACAACGAAAUACUUUGUCAUCAGCUAGUACACUUAAAAAAAAUCCAUUUCUUAAAUCCAUUAAAAGGAAUUUUGGUGAUCGUAAUUUACCAGAGUACACAUUAACUAAAAGUAAAAUGUCUUUAAUGGUACCACAUAACUUGGCGGCUGUAGAAUUUGGAAAACUUAAUCAUUCAGUACCAGAUCUUACAGUACGUGUAAGACAUCAAAAAUUUAAUGAAGUAUUUCUAAAAAAUAAUAUGACAGUACCAGAUUUUACACGAUUUGAUGUGGCAAUGAAAGAUAUAGAAGAAAAAAAGAAAACCGAUGUUCAUAUAGCUAUAAUGCAAGAAGUAGAUUUAGAUCCUUCAAAAAUAACCAAAUUUAGUAUUAAACCAUUUGAUGAAUCUGAAUCCAAUGAAUUAUUUAAAUCUGGAUCACCAUGGAUACAUUUACCACAUUUGGAUGAAUUUAUAAAAAGUUUACCACAAACAGAAUUUUCAAACCCAAAAGAUAUAAUGACACAAGAAGAAUAUGAAAAGUUUAUGGCGACAGGUAAAUUUGGAAAGUACGCAGAUUCUAUGUUCCCACCGAUGCAUCAAAUUCCAGAUGAUGUUUCUUUAGAUGAUCUUAAAUCUAAUAUGACUAGUAAAGAAAAAUCACCAAAUAAUGAUUUAAUGUCUACAGCUAUUGAUGGAAUUCUUACUGCAGAAUCUAUAGUAUUUGGAAAUACUUUGAUAAAAUUAGAAAUAUUACGAGAUUUUAUACAAUUUUUGGCACUUGCAUUGACUUUUGGAAACAUAAAUGUCGAAGGCUGGGAUUGGUUGAAAACUUUAUUACAUUCUAUACCAAAUGUUUUAAGUUUGAAUUUGGCUAAUUGGGAUCCCAACGCUGACGCUGAG